CCGCGCUCGGGAAACAGGGGAACUGAAUUCUCCGAAGCGCCUGUUCUACCUCCAAUAACGCCAAAGCUCAUAUACAGGAAGCAACAACGCACUGAAGAUGUCUGACACACGCCGCAUUAAAGCCAAACUGGAGCACACAAAACAGCUUGUGGCUGAGAUGCAUGAACAAAAAAGAAGAAAAGCAGAAGAAAGAAAGAAGAAAGAGUCCGAGGUACAGCAGAUGGCAGAGAUUGCAUCUGAAGACUUGAAAAGUGGAGAGAUCUCAUCAGAACUGCCUUUCGCGCAGCCCCUCCAGCUUUUAACAUGGGAUACUUAUUUUCAUUAUUUAGUCCCCACCCCUUUGUCUCCUUCAUCACAAUCAGUGAGCACUUCCAGUGAGAACGGGAGCCAGGAGUCAGUGGAGGGAGGAACCAUGGCUAGGACGUUGCAGUGGGACAUGGACCCCUCAGCUCUCCAGCUCCUAGCAGACACGGAACACAGAUUGCAGAAACUUGAAACAACAGAGAUUGUACAGAUUGAUUACAUGCCCACACAACAGGUGACCUACUGCAAAGAGACCCAGACGCCUGUAGCACCAAACCAGUGUGAAGAAGAGAAGCCUGAUGUAGAACCCCCUGUGGUCAAACCCAAGCCUGAAUCUAAGGAACAUGAGGCGGCCGACAAUCAGGAGGACAUGCAAGUUAAUGAAGAUUGUAAGGAGCUCACAGAGGCGGAGAAGGAGCAGAUUGUUCACUCGGAGGAAUUCCUGAUCUUCUUUGACCGUAGCAUCCGGAUGGUGGAGAGAACACUAGCUGAGGACUUGGAUAUUUUUACUGACUACAGUGGACGUGACAUGCAAGACAGAGAGAGAGACACGCAAGCUGGAUUAAAUCUGUCCUUUAACCAACAAUUUUAUGAUGAGCAAUGGACAAAACAUCGAGUCGUCACCUGUCUGGAUUGGUCAUCGCAGUGUUCAGAAUUGCUCAUGGCUUCAUACAAUGUGAACGAACAUGCACCACAGGAACCAGAUGGAGUUGUGCUGGUGUGGAAUAUGAAGUUUAAGAAGACAACCCCAGAAUACAUAUUUCACUGUCAGUCCUCUGUGAUGUCAGUGGCUUUUGCACAAUUUCAUCCAAACCUCGUAGUUGGGGGCACUUACUCCGGCCAGAUUGCAUUGUGGGAUAAUCGGACCUGCAGGAGAACCCCGGUACAAAGGACACCUUUAUCUACUGCUGCUCAUACUCAUCCUGUGUCCAGCAUUAAUGUGGUGGGAACGCAGAACGCUCAUAACCUGGUCUCCGUGUCCACAGAUGGCAAAAUGUGCUCCUGGAGUUUAGAUAUGCUCUCUCAGCCACAGGACAGUAUGGAACUCCACUAUAGCAAAUCUAAGGUUGUAGCUGUGACUGGAAUGGCUUUUCCUGCUGGUGAGGUGAAUAACUUUGUGGUGGGGAGUGAAGAAGGGAACGUAUACACCGCCUCACGGCAUGGCAGUAGGCCUGGUAUUAGCGAGAUGUUUGUGGGCCACCAGGGGCCAGUGACUGGCAUCAGCUGCCAUAAUGCUGUGGGCCCCAUUGAUUUCUCCAACCUCUUCACCACUUCAUCCUUUGACUGGUCUGCCAAACUGUGGUCGACUAAACAUAACAAACCGCUCUGCUCCUUUGAGGACAAUGUUGACUACAUCUUUGAUGUCAUGUGGUCUCCAGUGCACCCGGCCGUCUUCGCUACAGUGGAUGGAAUGGGUCGCUUGGACAUCUGGAACCUUAAUAAGGACACAGAAGUUCCUACAGUAAGUGUGAAAGUGGACGGCUCUUGUGCUCUUAACCGGGUCAGAUGGGCAUCAGGGGGCCGCGAGAUAGCAGCAGGUGAUUCUGAGGGUCGAGUCUGGAUCUAUGAUGUUGGAGAGCAACUGGCGGUGCCACAUUCAGAGGACUGGAGCCGAUUUGCACGAGUUCUUGUGGAUAUCCAAUCAAACAUCGAUGGAGAAGUUGCCACAUAUGUGAGCGGCUGAGAGCAUAUACUGUAAUGUAUGUGCUACAAAAGCAAAUCACAUGUAGCUUCCGUAUAUUUCUGUUCAGUAAUACUCAGCUGUAAAAAAAAACAGAUGACAGAAUUGACUGUUAAUGUUCCAGUGGUAAUUUAACGUUAAUUAUUAGUCUGCCAAACUUCUCCUUUAAUUACUUUUUUUUAUUCAAGUGAUGAAGAAACAAAACAGGAAUCAAGAAAAAUUACGCUUUAUAUAUAAUAAAAUAGAUUAAACAUGCAGUGAUGAAACCAUAAACAUAUUAAUUAAAAACUGAACAAAACUUUGAAUUGUGUAUUUAAAAUCCUGUUUUUAAAGUUGUAU